AUGCCACCAAGGAAGAAAUGGCCGAUGAAAUUAUACUUAUCGGCUGCUGAAGAAUCCAUUGGAGCUAUGUUAGCACAAGAGAAUGAAGCAGGAAGUGAACAAGCAAUAUAUUACCUUAGUCGAGUUUUAACUCCAGUCGAGUGUAGAUAUACACCGAUUGAGAAAUUAUGUUUGGCCUUGUAUUUUGUAGCAAUGAAAUUAAGAAUCUAUAUGUUUCCUGUUUUGGUUUAUAUUGUUUGCCAAACCGAUCUUAUAAAGUAUAUGCUAUCAAGGCCAUUAAUCACAGGCCGGAUUGGCAAAUGGGCUUUAGUGCUAAUGGAAUUCAAUUUUGCAUAUGUUCCACAAAAGGCAAUUAAAAGAAGAGUAUUAGCAGAUUUUCUAGCCGAUCAUCCCUCGCCUGAAGUUGAGUCACAAGUAUUUGAUGAGCUUGACUCGGCAUUAAUAUUCAUGACUCCAUGGACUUUAAUAUUCAAUGGAUCAAGUACCAGUGAAGGCUCGGGUGCUGUCAAAGAUGUCCAUAUUGUGGGUGACUCGAGUUUGGUGAUUAAUCAAAUCUCAGAAGACUUUAGAUGUUUGAAUUGGCAAUUAAGACCAUUCCAUUCAUUGGCAACCCAAUUGGUUAACCAAUUUCACAAUGUGACUUUGGAAUAUAGACCAAGGGCCAUGAAUAAAAUAGCUAAUGAUUUAGCACAGACAACUUCAAGAGUUAAGGUACCGAGUGGAAUGAAGGAAAGAGUAAUGAAGAUUACACGCCGAUCUCUUCCAUCAGCUGAAACAAGAAAUCUAAUUAUGGAAGAAGUCUUUGCCACUGAUGUUGCCAAAUUGGAUGAUGAUGAUUGGCGAAUUCCUUACAUCUUGUUCUUGCAACAUCCAACUCCUAAAGCGGAUCGAAGAAUUAGAAGAAGCGCAGUCGAUUAUGUGCUCAUGGAUGGAGAUCUUUAUAAAAGAUCGGCUAAUGAUGGUUUGUUAUUUCAGUGCAUUAACAAGUUUGAAGGUUUGAAGAUCAUGGCUGAAGUACAUGAAGCGAUAUGUGGAGCUCACCAAGCUGGCAUAAAAAUGAGGUGGUUGAUACGCCGGUAUGGAUUUUAUUGGCCAGGAAUGAGAAAAGAUUGUAUGACUUCUGCAAAAGGCUGUAUAGACUGUCAAAAAGAUGGUCCAAUUCAGUGGGUCCCACCAAUGCAGUUACUAGUUAAACCAUGGCCUUUCAGAGGUUGGGCUAUGGAUCUAAUCGGCAAGAUUAAUCCUCCUUCAUCAAAGGGACAUCAUUGGAUUAUUCUAGCUACCGAUUACUUUACUAAAUGGGUAGAAGCCGAGGAAUAUGUAUCGGUAACUCAUAAUACCGUUAUACUAUUUUUGGAGCAACAAAUCUUUCACCGAUUUGGAUUACCGAAAACAAUUGUUGCCGAUAAUGGAUCUGUUUUCCUAGCAAAUGAAGUGUUACAACUCGGCAUUGAUAUGCAAGUAAAAAUGGUUACCUCGACACCUUAUUAUGCUCAAGGGAAUGGCCAAGCAGAAGCGUCAAAUAAAGUUAUGAUUGAAAUUAUUGAAAAGAUGAUAAAAGACAAGCCGAGGCGUUGGCAUGAGGCCCUUUCAGAAGCCUUAUGGGCGUAUAGAAACUCAAAAAGGACAAGUACCGGGACAACUCCAUAUCGGCUAACGUUUGGUCAUGAUGCAGUGUUACCGAUGGAGUUAAACGUAAAAUUGGCUAGGGUUACUUUGCAACAUAAUCUCAUUCCUGCCAAUUAUAACGAAGCUAUGCUUGCCGAGUUGGAAGACUUGGAUGAAGUCUAG